AUGUACUCCAAUCGAGCGGCUGAGCCGCUGGCGAUUAAUACGAGAUCUGGGCUGGGGAGCAAGACGGGCACCACCGUGACAGCCGCCUUUCAGUACACAGAAGACGAUCCCGCCAUGCUGUCUACCACCCCCAGGGCCCGCGGACGAGGUUCCAGCGUCUCUGCGCAGAGGAGAGACGUCGAUGUGUCCGAGUCGCCCAAGCGACAGCAAUCUCCCAUGAAAUUCACCGGUGCGGGCGGUUACGCUCCCGCAGCGGAGCCUGCCCCGGCCCUGUAUGUGCGGGCGCUAUACGACUACACUGCGGAUGACCAUACCAGCUUGAGUUUUCGCCAGGGCGAUAUCAUCCAGGUGCUGAACCAGCUCGAGACGGGCUGGUGGGACGGUGUCAUCAACAACGUUCGAGGCUGGUUUCCCAGCAACUACUGCGCCAUUAUUUCGGAUCCCAACGAACUCGACGACCAAGGAUCCCACUCCCAGCACGGUGGAGAUACGAGCGCAGAAUCGGGAAUCGAGGAUGAGUACGAAAGCGACCGCGAUGAUGACGAUGUCGACUCCGUGGGGAACCCCCGCGACUCGCAGCCUCUGCUCCCCAUUGAAGGCGUGGGAACCGACCGGGAGGAGGCUUCUGCAUUUUGGAUCCCGCAGGCCACACCAGACGGGCGGUUAUUCUAUUUCAACACCCUGACCGGCUACAGCACGAUGGAGCUGCCCUUGGAGAACCCGCUUCUGGCAAAUGAGACGGGCCCUCGAGACCGCAAUGACUUCUUUGUGCCCGACCAGACUCGUCCGCCGCCCGAACUGAUGGCUCGAGGCUUCGAGCGCGAGGAAGAUGAUUACGAUGGCUCUGCGUCUGAAGCGGAAGGGGAGUCAUUGAUGCUGGCAUCGCAUGAUUCAAUGUCGCGCAGACGUCAGUCUUUUGUCUCUGACGGUAUCUCCCCGGCUACUUCCAUGGACUCUUUGAAUCCCUCUCCCGUGAAGAAACCGUCCGGCGAUCUGAAGGGGUCACAAGCUCCCUUCAACAUCACUUCAAAGUCGUACAAUGCCCUGAACGCCGCUUCUGUUUCCCUCUACGACCAGGGUCCAAGACCGUCGGUAUCUUCUGGUAUUCCAAAACACUUUCUUGAUGACGGCGUCGCCUACCCGAUCACCUGGCCUGCCUUGGUCGACAACAUGCGCCAGGCUAUUGAGGCAUAUAAGCAAACCCUCAUCAACGGUGAACGGGCUGAAUAUGUGCGACGCGCAGAAGAUAUAUCUGACCAUCUGCGGAUGCUGUUAGCAGCCGGGUCAGACACAACGGACAAUCACUCCGGGAACCCGUCCAUCAUCUCCACUAACAGAGCUCUAUAUCCGCAUUUCAGGGAUAUGAUGUCCAAGUUUUCGAAGUUGGUCUUGUCGUCCCACAUUGCUUCCGCCGACUGGCCGGGACCGGAUUCGGUUCCCAAGUGUCUUCAGGAAGCGGAUGGCGUCAUGAAUGGAGUCUACGGUUACGUAGAUGUUGCCAGACAGCAACGCGGCGAGGAGAUCAAGCGGAUAGUCCCUGGCUUCGUCUUUGGUAGUGCCGCUGGUGGACACUGGGAGAACAACGGAGUGAGAUUAAAUGAUUCCGGCCCGACAUCUUUCCUUGAUCAGGACCCUCUUGAAUCUCGUCCGGAGCCAUCUGUUCCUCUCGACACAUAUCUCCUGGAGAAGGUGGAUACCCUGAGAAAAUCCUUCGUGGGGAGCAUCAGACGCUUGGAAGAACAGUGCGCCCUAAAUGAGAAAGUGGUCACCGCUGCUGGACAUCAAGUUCUGAGCGAGGCUGUUUGCACUGCUGCAAUCAAGGUAGUCGAACACUUUCGGCCUUGGAUUUCUGCCAUCGAAUCGGUUAAUCUUGCGCCCCUGGGAACGAGCUUCCAGAACCCGCAGCUGGUGGACUUCAGCGUGCAGAAGCAGAGAGUUUACGAUGGUAUUGCGGACCUUAUCUUGAGCUGUCAGGGCGUUUCCGCUCCUCUUGGCGAUGAAUGGGCGGAGUUGCGUGGUGACUCGCUUGAGGACCGAUUGACCGGCGUGCGCGUCGUCGCCAAACAGAUAGAGAAUUAUGUCUCUCAACUGGGCUUUUCACUUUCGCUGCUUCAAGAGCAGAUCCCUGAGAUGACCUCUCCUCAAAACCAGACUCGCUUCGGAAGCACUAGUGAGCCGUUUAAGCUCCACGUCCGGGCAGAUUCUCAAAGCUUGAGAAAUAAUGAUCCUCUUCCAUUUGGCCUUGACGGGGAGCCCGAAAAGGUUCGACGCAAUAUGGACAAGGCGCAGCGUUUCUUCGGCCAAGCCCCACCAACUGCCAUCACUAGAGAACCUAUCCGGGAGCCUGUGAGAGAGCCAGAAGAAACGCCUUGGUUCCUGAAGAUUGACCACGAAGGUGAAGUAUUCUACGAUACCAAGGGAGAUCCGCCAACCCUCAAGUGCGGUACACUCGCAGGAUUGGUGGAGCACUUGACGCGCCAUGACAAACUCGAUGCUUCUUUCAACAAUACUUUCCUCCUCACAUAUAGAUCUUUCACCAGCGCACCCGAACUCUUCGAGAUGCUCGUCCAGAGAUUCACCAUUCAGCCACCGUAUGGCCUCAGUCAGGACGACAUGCAGAUGUGGGUUGAUAGGAAGCAGAAGCCCAUUCGUUUUAGAGUAGUCAAUAUCCUGAAGAGUUGGUUCGAGCACUUCUGGAUGGAGCCAAAUGACGAAGAGAACAUGAAUCUCCUCCGACGAGUCCACGCCUUCACGAAGGACUCCAUUGCUACCACGAAGACUCCCGGCUCUCCGCAGUUGCUGGCUAUUAUCGAGCAGCGACUAAAGGGUCAGGACACCACCACUGCUAAACGGCUGGUCCUCACGCAGGCCACUCCCGCUCCGACACCGAUCAUUCCCAAGAACAUGAAGAAGCUGAAGUUCCUAGACAUCGAUGCUACCGAGUUCGCUAGACAACUGACCAUCAUCGAGUCGCGACUGUACGCCAAGAUUCGGGCUACUGAGUGCUUGAACAAGACUUGGCAGAAGAAGGUCGGCCCUGAUGAGAAGGAGCCUUCCCCCAAUGUCAAAGCUCUCAUUCUACAUUCCAACCAGUUGACCAACUGGGUCGCGGAGAUGAUUCUCACUCAGUCCGAUGUCAAGAAAAGAGUUGUCGUUAUAAAACACUUUGUGAACGUGGCAGAUAAAUGCCGUGCUCUCAACAACUAUUCUACUCUGACAUCCAUCAUUUCUGCUCUUGGAACAGCGCCCAUCCACCGUCUCGGUCGGACUUGGGCCCAAGUCAGCGGGCGAACAUCGACAAUCCUGGAACAGAUGCGCCGAUUGAUGGCCAGUACGAAGAACUUUGGCGAAUACCGCGAGACGUUGCAUCUCGCGAAUCCUCCUUGUAUUCCUUUUUUCGGUGUCUAUCUAACCGAUCUGACUUUCAUCGAGGAUGGUAUUCCAUCUUUGACACCGUCCGAACUUAUCAACUUCAACAAGCGUACCAAGACUGCUGAAGUGAUCCGGGACAUUCAACAAUAUCAGAACGUGCCGUAUCUCCUCCAGCCGGUGCCCGAGCUGCAGGACUACAUCCUUAGCAACAUGCAGGCCGCUGGAGACGUCCACGAGAUGUAUGACCGGAGUCUGGAGGUAGAGCCUCGAGAACGAGAGGACGAAAAGAUCGCUAGGUAUGCUGCUGCCAGUAGAGAAGUGCGACCACUGCAAACCAGUUCCCUGGCUGUCGCAAGUGUGGUCGCAUCAUUACGAUGA